ACCAUCGCGUCGGAGGCCGAGACACGAGCGCGGCGGGCGACGACUUGCUCCUCCUCCGCUUCAUUUCGUUUUAAUUAGGCAAGAAGACGGUCCUCUAUCCGUGCCCACCUAAGCCAUGGCCCGUGGUCCCAAGAAGCAUCUGAAGCGUGUAGCGGCUCCAAAGCACUGGAUGCUGGAUAAACUGACCGGUGUGUUUGCCCCCCGGCCAUCCACCGGUCCCCACAAGCUGAGAGAGUGUCUCCCUCUCAUCAUCUUCCUGAGGAACAGACUGAAGUACGCCCUCACAGGCGACGAAGUCAAGAAGAUCUGCAUGCAGCGCUUCAUCAAGAUCGAUGGCAAGGUCCGAACCGAUGUCACCUACCCUGCUGGGUUUAUGGAUGUCAUCAGCAUUGACAAGACCGGAGAGAAUUUCCGUCUGAUCUAUGACACCAAGGGUCGCUUUGCCGUUCAUCGUAUUACACCCGAGGAGGCCAAGUACAAGCUGUGCAAAGUGAGGAAGAUCUUUGUGGGCACAAAGGGAAUCCCUCAUCUGGUGACCCACGAUGCGCGCACCAUCCGCUACCCCGAUCCCCUCAUCAAGGUGAACGACACCAUCCAGAUUGAUCUGGAGACCGGCAAGAUCACCGAUUUCAUCAAGUUCGACACCGGUAACCUGUGCAUGGUGACCGGGGGUGCCAACCUGGGAAGAAUCGGCGUGAUCACCAACAGGGAGAAACACCCUGGCUCGUUUGACGUGGUUCAUGUGAAAGAUGGUAAUGGCAACAGCUUUGCCACCCGGCUCUCCAACAUUUUUGUUAUCGGCAAAGGCAACAAGCCGUGGAUCUCCCUGCCCCGUGGCAAGGGCAUCCGCCUCACCAUUGCCGAAGAGAGAGACAAGAGACUGGCGGCCAAACAGCUGGUGAAGUGAGCCGGCGUGCCGCGGUUAGAGGGAUCUUUAUGCUUCGUUCAGGUUAACACAGCGCGGGGCGGGGGGCCGGGGAUUGGCGUGCCCACUAAGGUGUUAGUGUUCAUCCACAACCUACAUUCGUUCCCUCCUCCUCUGGGCUUAACAGCAGAAUGAGUGUGACAGCCCCUACCCUGAGUCAGUCUCUCCCUAGCCUCUUCCUCUGUGCACACCCGGUUAGCUCAUCGUGCUUUUCAGCCUGUGGCGGCCCUGAAAGCUCCUGCUCGUUUCUUCGUUGAUUCCUUGAGUCGCAUUUCUUACGUUCUGUCUCCUGGCCGCAUCGGCAGGUGCUCUCACGUGCUCUCUCUGUCUAUUUGAGUUUGUAGGUUUCUAGUAAAAUAAGUUUUGUUUUGAUUGCUUAUAUAAUUGUAAUUGAAAUGCAGGUAUAGAUUCUAGUUCAUGAUAAUGGAUUGAUACUGGUUUAUUAAAUGUAACGAGCACUAUGUACUACCUUAAUUUUUCUGUAAAUGUAAGAUUUCUUUAAAAUAAAGCCUAUUAAA